GAUAAGUCGACGGGACGGUCUUAUCAGCUGUCGUCGUAUUUUCCACUUUUCCUGCCAAAAUAGUAAUAAAAGUUUCCCCUGUUUCUUUUUGGCCUCAAAAGAUUAAGAUACCUCGGAAUGUUCAAUAUAAAGUGAGCUCUGGGUGAAGUGCACCCCGUAUUCCACACAUCAUAUCAUAAUAAUUAUACGUGCAAGUGCUAGAAUCCAAGGCAAAUGACAGAAAAGGAGAAGGAAAAGGUUGAGGUGCAGCUGCAGCUGUGCAUUCGUGGAAAUGUGAGUUGGCAGCAGCUGCCCGUUCACUUGCGUUCCAUGCUGAACAACAACCAGCGCGACUAUGAGAAAUAUGUGUUCAACUAUAGUUUGAAGAACCAGCUACGAUUUCGUGGUAAUCUGGCCUCGAAGGUAUUCCGGCAGGAGCAGCGCUAUUACGAACUGCUUAUCCAGAAGAAUAUCAAUGGACUGGGAGUCUUUCCUUAUCAUCUUGCCGAUAUAGUUACAAAGGGGCUGCGCGUGACGCCAUUCAAUUACUAUUUGGAUGUGCUCAGUCAGUUGCUGCGUAGCGACAAAAGCUACGAUACCUUGCCCAAUUUCACGGCCGCCGAUUGUCUACGUGUCCUGGGCAUUGGCCGGAAUGAGUAUUUGGCUCUAAUCAGUGAUCUAAAGACGCAUACAACGCGCUCCAUACUGUUUAGUGCUAAGCCAAAUCCUUUGGAUUUUCUGCCACGUUUUCCCGUUCAUGUGCACAUCGAACCCUGGUGGCGGCUGGACAUUGGCUAUGUCCUGGAGACGGAUAUACGUUACCUAUUGCCAGCCGAACGCAGUUUGAUUGAUGAUUUAAUUGAUUUCGGUGCCCAACCGGCUGGCAAAUGUGAAUAUCAAGUCGUUCAGAGUCUCUACCGCAAAGGAUUGAUCUAUUUGGAUGUACCCAUCUCUGGCGAGGAUCGCAUUUGCAUACCACCCUUGAGAAAUUUUGUGAUGAAUCGUGUGAGCGGUGACUAUUUUGAGAAUUUGCUAUACAAGAUUUUUGUUAGUGCCGAUGAGCACAUGACCAUAGCGGAAUUGGCCCAAAUGUUGCAGUUAGAGCUCGAUAUGGUCAAGCAGGCUGUGUCAUUUAUAUGUCGUCUGGGAUUUGCUCAGCGCAAGGACGAACUAACACCGGCUAGUGGACAGGGUGGGCAACAGGCGCAGCCACAGGAUCACGCCAGUUGGGCGGACUAUAAGCGACAACAAGUGCCAGAGACACCACAGAUAACGCCAUUGAAUUAUAAUAAUUUUGAUUUCGAACAGCCGAGCCCAAGUCCCAAGACCCCGCAAAAGGGCGAGAGGGAAAGGGACAAGGAUAAGGAUAGUAGUUCCAUAGGCUAUCUCUCCUCGGAUGGCAAUACAAGUGACUUUAGCUUUGCCCACAUGAAUGUGACGCCACCCUCAAUAGCAAAUCCUCAAACCAGUGAUGAUCAGGAAGAGCUAGUUGAAGUAGUUGCUGCUCCUGUGGCUGCUGCUGCUGCUCCACCCAAAAGUGGCAAACGUGUAGGCUUUCUAUUCGAUUCCACACUUACUGCAUUCCUUAUGAUGGGCAAUCUCUCGCCUGGUCUUAAAAAUCAUGCCGUAACCAUGUUCGAGGUGGGUAAACUGUGUGAGGAGAGCAUGGAUAGCUUUCUGGCCGAAUUGGAGCAGGUUUCACUGCUGGAUGCCGAGGGCGAAGGUGAUGUUUCACGUUAUUUUGCUCAUGCCGUCAUCUUGAGAUCGACCAUAUGCUCGCUCCGUCAUAUCCUAUCCGGUGGCCUUGAUCUCUUGCGUCUGGAGUGCCUCGAGGGAUUGGACAGACAGACACGGGAUCGUGUCUUGGAAAAGAAAUAUAAAUUCAUCAUUUCGGCCUCUCCGCUAACCGCGCAAUUGACUCAUACAUUUAGCAUUCCAUUUUUUGGCCAGUUUCUACGCAGUUCCGAUGUGGCACCCAUGUGGAGUAAACUCUUUUACAAUCAUAUCACGGGCUAUGGUCCACCCAGUUUGUUGUUGUGCCGUGGAACUGUUUUAAAAUCACUGCCACGCCUCUUUCUGGGCUAUGGCAAACUGCUGGUCAAUAUCCUACAUUCCGACUCAUAUGUACUCAGUUCGGAAAACUUUCGCAAUCUGAACGAUCAGCUGAAGAAUGGAUGCAUUCUGCUCCAAGGCUAUGGCAUACGUGCUCCCGGUCAACUGCAAUACGAAUCGUUUCCGUUCUCCACAUCCAAGGAUGAGCGUCAGGCCAAAUGGACGGGGCACAGGGCCGUGCAAAAGUUGUCGGAAUUGAUUGACUUGCGUCAUCAAUGCGGUUACAUAACAUUCCUUAACACGGGCGUCGAUGAUCUCGGAUGCGAGGACUAUGAACUGGAGGUGCAUUUGAAAUUGCCGCAGGGGGGUAAAAAGCAAAAACAGCAUCAGCAGCAGCAGCAGAUCACCAGCAAAUUGAAUCAUGUGCCAAAUAAUCAAGAGAAGGGACAACAACAACAACAGCAACAACAACUCAAGAGUCCCGAUGAGAAUCAUUUUGCCACCACGCCAGAUCAUGGACCGGCCAACGAGUAUACUUCAGACGAUUGCAAUCAAGUGCUGGCCAGCGAAUUGGCCAAAUGCAGUGGCCGCACUGGUGACUUGGUAUCCCAGAAUUCAGUAGAGAUACCGUUAGCCAGGACCUUGAUCGAGCACGACGAGGACGAGGAGGAGGAGACUGCCGAGGAGUGGACCUUGCUGGAUGUUAGCUUUGGUGUUCCCCUCUUCGAUGUGGACACAAAUACACGGAUCUGUGAGCAUUUGGUGCGUGAUUUGUGCACGGAUAACAAUCUGGAGAGUCUUGUUCAUGCCGCCCAACAGACGCAAACGCUGUUCCUUGAGUUUGUGCGUCAGUGUCUGUACUUUGAGAAUGAUCCAUCGAUGCCAGUGCAAUUGAAUGAACCACUUCAGGCGGCACGUCCCUUGCCCCAUCCGCGCAUCAAUCUGGCAUUCGAGAAUGGACGCGUUGGCUAUUGGAAUGGACGCUGAAAGAUUUUUACUACAACAACAUUCCCCCCAAUCCCCCUCCCCGCACUAAUAGAAAAAAAAAUCCCUAUUAACUGCAGAGUAUUCGUUUACCCUUUCCCCCAGACAACCAAUAAUCCUUUUCAAAGUCCUUGUACAGUUUUGAGUCCCCUCCCUCAUAUAUAAAUGCUUUAUACAUACAUAGCUAUAUCUAUAUAUAUAUAGAUAAAUCUUAGUCAGCGAUAUCGCCUGAAUGUAUUUUUAUUAUUUUUUUAUUAGUUUUGUAAGAUGCGCGUUUCGGCAAUAUGCCAUUCAGAGAGAGGCAUACAAACCAUAUAUGUAUAUAUAUACUAUAUAUAUAUAUAUAUCACACAUAUAUAUAAUAUAUAUGAAAUUAUUAACAUAUAUAGUAAAUAUAUAAUUGUAUUAUCUGAAUAAAAUGCAAUUUUAAAACCUUCCAUGUGAAA